AGUGCUGUGCUUUUGCAUGGCUUGAAAUCAAUCCUAUCAGCGUGGCCUUGUUGUAUAAUCACACUUUUGCGUCUUGUUUGACAAUCAGCCUCGGAGAUCUUCACACCUGAGUACUGUUUGAAAACAAUAUAUUGAAGCUGGUGCACUGGGGCUAAGACGCCAUUGACUGAAUUUAUUUUGAUCUCCAUUUGUUGAAGGUUGAGCACGAAUAUGCCUUCAGAAGAUUGACGAAUUCUUAAUUUGAGGUAUUUGGUUCAAAAUCCAGUACCCAAGUCUCUCGUUUCUUUCUUCCAAUACAUAUUCUAACGUUCGGUACACAAUAACACGUCAUGGGCUGGGUACGUUCUCAAAAUUGCCUCUGUUGUUUAUGCAGCCACUCAUCCAAGGGACAGGUCGAGCGGACAAAUAUGGCAGUUGCCAAGAGUGUCAUUGGCAGGCGGUUUCGACUUGAGUUCUCUGGGCAUAGGAACGAAAGAAAAAGUACGAGAUUUUUGACAGAAGUAAGGGCGGGUUGUGCGACGUUCUUUGCAAUGGCCUAUAUAAUCUCAGUCAACGCAGCAAUAACGUCAGGUAAAAGUUCACAAACCAUUCUUCAGGCUCACACUGACAAAAUUUAUAGACAGUGGAGGGAUUUGUGUAUGUGAUACAACGCAUAAAUUUCAACCACCCGAUCCAUUUUGCACGAACAGCGCCAACCCAGCUUUCCUUCCAUAUGAAAAAUGCGUGCAAGAAAUCAACCGCGACCUUGUCACGGGUACAGCUGCUGCCGCUGCACUGUCCAGUUUUGCAAUGGGCCUUUUCGCCAAUAUGCCAAUUGCUCUUGCACCGGGCAUGGGUCUCAAUGCGUAUUUUACCUACCAGGUCGUAGGAGUUCAUGGGUCAGGGACAGUGUCUUAUCGUCUAGCUCUGACGGCAAUAUUCAUAGAAGGCUUAAUCUUUGUUUUGCUGUCGCUGUUCGGUCUUAGGCAGUGGCUUGCACGUAUUAUACCUUCAAGUUUGAAGAUUGCAAGUGGUGCUGGAAUUGGUCUUUACUUGGCACUGAUAGGAUUGACUUACGAUGCUGGUAUUGGUGCCAUAACAGGUGGAACAGACGAUCCUCUGAAGCUGGGGGGUUGUUUGCCGUCCCUGCGAGGUCCGGAUGGGAGUUGUCAAUCCGGAAAAAUGCGAAAUCCAACAAUGUGGUUGGGCAUAUUUGGUGGAGGGAUAUUUACAGCCUUCUUGAUGAUGUAUCGUGUCAAAGGGGCUAUCAUAUUUGGGAUUCUUCUCGUUUCUAUUAUUUCAUGGCCAAGAGAGACACCCCUCACAUACUUUCCUCACACCAAUAUCGGCGAUUUUAAAUUCAACUUCUUCAAGAAAGUCGUCACAUUUCAUCCAAUCGAACAUGUUCUCGGUGCCCAAGAUUGGGAUAUUAGCGGUGCGCACACAACUCAAUUCAUGGUGGCGCUCAUUACAUUUCUCUAUGUUGAUAUACUCGAUUGCACAGGGACCCUAUACUCCAUGGCUCGCUUCUGUGGCGCCAUUGAUGAAGAUACGCAAGACUUCGAGGGAUCUGCAGUAGCCUACCUCAUCGAUGCAAUGGGGAUCACUAUCGGAUCCCUCUUCGGUUCACCCCCCGUAACAGCCUUCGUCGAGUCAGGCGCUGGGAUCUCAGAAGGCGGGGCAACUGGAAUCACCGCUUGCGUGACAGGUCUCUGUUUCUUCAUCUCCCUCUUCUUCGCUCCUAUAUUCGCUUCAAUACCAUCCUGGGCAACAGGUUGUACCCUUAUACUAGUUGGAGCAAUGAUGGCUCGCGCUUGCACAGAUAUCAACUGGCGGUAUAUUGGCGACUCCGUCCCGGCGUUUUUGACGAUGGCGAUCAUGCCUUUCACGUACAGUAUUGCUUAUGGACUCAUCACUGGGAUCGUCACUUAUAUCAUCCUCAACACUGGGGCAUGGGCCAUUGCUAAGAUCUCCUCAGGACGCAUUGUGCCUUAUGAUUAUGAGCAGAAGGACUUCUGGACUUGGAAGGUUAGGGGAGGGUUUGUGCCAGGAUGGUUGAGGAGACUUGGGAAGGGAAAGAGAGAUUUCUGGCGCGAAUGGGAUUUUGAUGCUGAUAAUGAUGAGGGAGGGGAUUUUGGCGCGGAAGAAGAGGAGGUUAGAGAGGGGUACGUCAUGAGAAAAAAGAGUGCGAGGAGCCGAAGGAGUGGGAGGAGUGGGUUCACGAGUCAUACUAGGGGGCAUCGGGAGAGUACGAUGAGCGGGAGUGUAGCUACAAGUGAUCAGGUGGGCGUUGCGAUGGAAGGGGUAGGCAUGAAUGUUAUGAGGGACGGCAGAACGUGGGAUGUAAGAUACGUACAUCAUCCCGGGGAACACGUUCACUUACCGAAUCGUGGAUUUGAGCAUGAAGUUGGUGUUACUAAUGGGGGAGAGCCUACGGUUGGUGGACAUUCGCGACAGCAGAGCCGAAAUGAUGGGAGCACGGGAACCGGGGUGAGAGGUAGUUGGGUAGGGAGUGUUAUUGGCAGUGCAAGGGGUAGUGGAAUCAUGAUGAAGGAGGGGUUUAGAAGUGUGAGUGGAAGCUUUAGACGG